AUGUGCAAAGUUUCAUCUAUUAUCUUGCAAUCGGCUGGUUGUUUGCUUCUCCUAAAUGGUGAGCUUGCACACAAAUGGACAAAAUGGACCUACCAACUUUGCAGUAUAUCUCAAGACAGCAGACUCUGCGGCAACGAAGAAAACCUUAACAGUCUGGGAGACGAUUACGGGUAUCGAUCGGGCUCUUGUCUCGUCUGCGACAAUGAACAAAGAGCGAGGUCUAAUUACGAAGCAGCAUUAGCUGCUGCUCAGAAUCAAUACAAUUUGGUAGUUAAUGCUGCGUGGAGCCAGAGACUUGAGGAAGAGUAA